GGUUUAAUUCGUUUAAUUCUGGCAGCCGGUCGCUGAGGAGGAAGUCCAAACUGAUCGUUCAUCAGAACCCUUUCAAAGGCCUCAGACAUGCUGACGGAUGGUGCGUUCACGGCCCUGAUUCUCAUCUGCGGGCAUUUUUCUGGCGCCGUUCCACCUCCAUCAAAUGUGAUGGUGAAUUGCAUAAACCUGAAUACCACAGUUAGCUGGGAUUACAGUAAACAUCAACCUCAAACCAUUUUCCGAGUAAAUAUCACUGGAUCUAGCGCUGUAGGGUCUUUUGAAGCAAAUACAAGAGACCACCACUACGACCUCAGCCAGUUUGUGUUCGGCUCUAAGGAACGCUACCUGUCUUUCAUGGUUGUUGAUGUAACAGCCUUCCAAGGAGGCAAACAGUCUGAAGCCGUUCGGUCACAGUCCUUCUCCUUCAACAGUUUAGAAUCAGUUGAUAAGAAAUGUUCGUUGGAUUUUCCUGAUGUGAAGGUACACAAGACUGAAGAGGGGGCUUCUGUGAAGUUCCCAAAUCCCCUCCAUUUCUACGACGAAUUGAAGAGGACUGUCUCACCAAACAGUAUCGCUGCUCUCGAUUACAGUGUUUCAUCAUCUGAAAACACUUUUACAGAGACAUGCAGAGCAUCAGACGAAACCUGCAAACUUGACGUGACGGAGGAGUGCGUCACCUUAAAGGGCUACCUGUGGUUUGAACCGUUGCGUGUUAAGCAAAUAGAGUUCAAAGAGACGAAGGAAUACUGCUCUGAAAAACAAGGUGCAGAAGUUGAUGGACUGGUAAUGUUCGCCAUCAUUCUGGGGUCCAUUUUUCUCAUCAUAAUCAUCGUAGCAGUAGCCGUCGUCUGUAAGGUGGAGGCCUGGACCACGAAGAUACCAAUGCCAAAAAUCCGGGAGAAUUCCCACGGAAACGGUGAACGGCAGAGUUUCUUUACCCCGCAUGUGAAUCCAGAGAACAGUCCAGUCUCCGUCGUCUCUCCGCCUGUCGAGACGACUUCGCUCGUCUCAGAGGACGAGAACAUCUGUGAGCAACCGGAACCGGACGACGGUGCCGGUGAUUACGACUGUCGGACCAACGGAAACUACGCGGAUGGAGGCUAUUUGGAGGAGAGCAUCCCGAACCUGGACCUGGAGAGUUUCGUGUCGGGGGCAAACGGGACGGACGACGACUCUCCAGACGGCUCCGUGAAGACGGAGUGCGUUUCCUUAUCUUCCACGGAAGAGGAAAGCUCGCCGUAUGACCGGCCACAUGCAUACUCGCAGACGGACCUGGGCGACGGAGAGCCGGUCAUUGGUUACCAUGGGAACUAAAAGGAACCGCUUCUGGGAUUCUUUCCUUUUUAUUGGUGCUUCAACAGCAAGCCUCACAUGUACCUCAGGGAAUAUAAAGGGACACCGAUGUUUGGGACAUCGAAGCACUCUUAAAGUGACAGGAAGGAAAUACAUUUUUCCAUCCAUGACCUCAUAGUGGAGACGCAUCAGGUUGAGGACGCUGCCUUUCUGGAUGCUUCCUGAAGCAUAUUAACAGGUGCAAUAGAUGCUAAAGUUGCACUAAGCAACUUAUAAUAAUAAUAAAAAAACUUUACAUAUUUGUCUUGACAGUAAAGUAUGAGACAGAUGAUCUGUGAAAAAAAAAAGCUCCUCUACCUUCCCACAGUACUUACUACAAACAGCCAAUCAGAGCUAGGAGGCCGUCAAUCAUGGCUGUGUGCAGUAAAACCUAUUGUGAAUGCUUAGGCUAGUUGGCAUGGGAAGCAAUGACUUUGGAUAACCAAAGUUUCCUGUAACAGUGAGUGAUUUCUUUGCCAUUACCACGAGGAUGAUUGACAGCGCUAAGACCCUCCUCCUGGCUCUGAUUGGUUAUUUUUGACCAGUUGUAAAUCUUUUCACAGAUUCUCCCACAUGCUGACAGUUUUAAUAUGUAAAAACCACUUAGUAAAAGUUGUAUACUGCAGCUUUAAAGCAUCUUUCUUUAGGGAUUAUUCUGAUUAGAGAGGCGGCACAUGGCCACUCAAUUUUCAGUGACAGGUUUCGACUAUUAGCGCUGAUUAAUCUGCCAAAAGUUAAACUUUAACCUUAAAUGUUUUAUUACCUGAUCAAACUAAACGGCAGUCGGCAUGUGAAACAGUCGCACCCAAGAUGACUGCGAUGGAAACUAUUCGACUUGUAAAACUGGCUCCAGAAGUUUUUUAUAGACGUUUACGUGACGCCACUGAAGGAUUGUUUCUCUUUUUUCUAGAGCUGCUAUCUUAAGUUAGUAUUUUAAUAAAUGAUUGAAUGUUAAUUUUAUCUUCACUGCGCUCAAAGUGACUGCAGUCUCCUGCUUUUGUAGAACAGGUUUUCUUCCAUCCUUGUUUGCAUGAGAUGGAGGAAGGUCAACAUGUUGCUCAACCAGAAUCUCCCUGCUAUGAAGGCAGGUCAACUCCACAAAGGAAAACAUUUUAGAUCUUUAGUUUAUAAACCAUAAAUGACUUCAUGAAGAAUUGGUGAUUUUUGUGAUUUUAUGUAUUCAUGUUUGCUUAAAUUUUGUAUAUUAUCGUCACCAAUCUUGCAUCAUUUAUCUCUUUUUGUUGGGUUGUAGUCCUUUAACCUCCAUGUUGCCAGAUUUAUUACAAGUUGUCAAAAUGGAUUCUUUUAUUGCCCGCAAUAAAGUAUUUGUAUAUAUUUUUAAA